AGCAUCCUCGUGACAUGGACAAAGGGGUUCAAAUGCAGCAGCGUGGAGGGGAAGGAUGUGGUGUCGAUGCUGCGCAAGUCCAUCAAGAAAAGAGGGGACUUUGACAUAGACAUCGUGGCUGUGGUGAAUGACACCGUUGGCACCAUGAUGACCUGUGGCUAUGAUGAUCAUAACUGUGAAGUUGGCCUCAUUGUUGGUACCGGUACCAACGCCUGCUACAUGGAGGAGAUGAGACACAUUGACCUGGUGGAGGGGGACGAAGGGCGGAUGUGCAUCAACAUGGAGUGGGGGGCGUUUGGCGACGACGGCGUCCUCAACGACAUCCGCACGGAGUUCGACCGCGAGAUCGACAUGGGCUCGCUCAACCCCGGCAAACAGCUGUUUGAGAAGAUGAUCAGUGGGAUGUACAUGGGAGAGCUGGUCAGACUCAUCCUGGUGAAGAUGGCCAAGGAAGGGCUCUUGUUUGGAGGAAGGCUCACACCGGAUCUGCUCACUACCGGCCACUUUGAGACCAGAUAUGUCUCCGCUAUUGAGAAGGAGAAAGAAGGGCUGCAGAAGGCCCAUGAGAUCCUCACCAAGCUGGGUCUGGAGCCGUCUCAUGAGGAUUGUGUGGCCACCCACCGCAUCUGCCAGAUCGUCUCCACCCGCUCGGCCAACUUGUGCGGGGCCACCCUGGCGGCCGUGCUGCGCCGCAUCAAGGAGAACAAGGGAGUGGAGCGCCUGCGGUCCACGGUGGGCGUGGACGGCUCCGUCUACAAGAAGCAUCCUCACUUCGCCCGGCGCCUCCACAAGACGGUGCGGAAGCUGCUGCCCGACUGCGAGAUCCGCUUCGUGCGCUCGGAGGACGGGAGCGGGAAGGGCGCGGCCAUGGUGACGGCGGUGGCCUACAGGCUGGCCGCCCAGCACAAGGCACGGCAGAAGAUCCUGGAGCCGCUCAAGCUGAGCCACGAACAGCUCCUGGAGGUGAAACAAAGGAUGCGGAUGGAGAUGGAGAAGGGGCUGGGCAAGGAGACGCACGCAGAGGCCACGGUGAAGAUGCUGCCCACCUACGUGUGCUCGACUCCCGAUGGGACAGAAAAAGGAGAUUUCCUUGCCCUGGACCUGGGGGGCACCAACUUCCGUGUGCUGCUGGUGCGUGUGAGGAACGGGAUGAGGCGCGGCGUGGAGAUGCACAACAAGAUCUACUCCAUCCCGGUGGAGAUCAUGCAGGGGACGGGAGAGGAGCUGUUUGACCACAUCGUCCACUGCAUCUCUGACUUCCUGGAGUACAUGGGGAUGAAAGGGGUGUCGCUCCCGCUCGGAUUCACCUUCUCCUUCCCUUGCCAGCAGACCAACCUGGAUGAGGGGAUUCUCCUGAAGUGGACAAAAGGUUUCAAGGCAACAGGCUGUGAAGGGGAAGAUGUGGUGAACCUGCUGAAGGAGGCAAUUCACAGGCGAGAGGAGUUUGACCUGGAUGUGGUCGCGGUGGUCAAUGACACGGUUGGCACCAUGAUGACCUGUGGCUACGAAGAUCCGUACUGUGAAGUCGGGCUGAUAGUCGGCACAGGCAGCAACGCCUGCUACAUGGAGGAGAUGAGGAACGUGGAGCUGGUGGAAGGGGAGGAAGGCAGGAUGUGUGUCAACAUGGAGUGGGGGGCGUUUGGUGACAGCGGGUGCCUGGAUGACAUCCGCACCGAGUUCGACUUGGCGGUGGACGAGCUGUCUCUGAACCCUGGGAAGCAGAGAUUUGAGAAGAUGAUCAGUGGGAUGUACCUGGGGGAGAUUGUCCGGAACAUCCUGAUGGACUUCACCAAGCGAGGGCUGCUCUUCCGCGGGCGGAUCUCGGAGAGGCUGAAGACCAGAGGCAUCUUUGAGACCAAGUUCCUUUCCCAGAUAGAAAGCGACUGCCUGGCCCUGCUCCAGGUCCGCUCCAUCCUCCAGCACCUUGGCCUGGAGAGCACGUGUGACGACAGCAUCAUUGUGAAGGAGGUGUGCACGGUGGUGGCCCGGCGAGCAGCUCAGCUCUGCGGGGCUGGCAUGGCGGCCGUGGUGGACAAGAUCCGGGAGAACCGUGGGCUGGACUUCCUCAAGAUCACCGUCGGCGUGGACGGGACGCUCUACAAGCUGCACCCUCACUUCUCCACCGUCAUGCAGGACACAGUGAAGCAGUUGUCUCCCAAGUGUGAAGUGACCUUCCUGCAGUCAGAGGAUGGCAGCGGCAAGGGUGCGGCGCUGAUCACGGCGGUGGCCUGCCGGAUCCGGGAGGCCGGCCAGCGGUAG